GUCAGUCGUUAUCGUGUCCGGCUGUGCGGACAAGUAGCGGCUGGUUGGACUUAUUCCCGCUGCCGUGCCGCAAGCACGGCGAUUGCGGCGUGAUGGGUGCCCAGCACCUCUGCUGCAAAGGCUUCUGUACAAAAGGCGUGAACAGAGCAGCCGCUGUUCGAACUAGUGGUGAGACGAGCAGUAGUGUAGUCGAGUUGAGUAGCAGCACAAGUAGCACCAGCACCACCACUAGCACCACAACGACCACCACCACCACAACGACCACCACUACAACACCGAGUACCACCACCACCAGCUCCACUACUACGACGACCACACCGGCGCCGACCACCACCACAACAACCACCACGGAACCGCCCAGACCGUUCUUCCAGCUGCUGCCCAUACAGAACCCACCUACUCCAGCGCCUGCUGCGCCCGCUAAAGUCGGCAAAACCCAAAAGUUUGUGUGUCCUAAGAAGGCGGCGCCCGUGGUUUUAUUCCCAAUUCCCUGCGAGACCAACUCCCAGUGUAGAGCAAGCAGUGGGGCUGACCAGGUGUGCUGUCAGGGACGAUGCGUCAAGGGAGACCCGGCUCCACGGCCCACUGUGCAGCAAAGCCAUCAACCUUUACUUGGCGUAAUACCUCGCGAGUGUCCGGCGGCGCCACUGGGCGAGUUGCUCUUCGAGGUGCAGUCGUGCAAGUCUGACGCGGACUGCUGGCCGCGUGUCUGCUGCCCCGACGGCACCCGCUCGUACUGUCGCACGGCGCGCGCCCGACUCGACCUCGUGCCCGUCGCCAACGCCAUUGAUGCACCUUUGCGGUCAUUUGAACAGUACUUACAAUGUACAGCGCCACCGCAACACGACCCGUUCCCGCAACGCUGCAGCUCGAGCGUAGAUUGUUUCCCAAACCUGUGUUGUGCAGAAGGUGGCAAAAAACACUGUCGUCCUCCGCAACGUAGCCUUUUCUCUCUACUCGCUGGUGUCACGCAGAGAUUUGGGUAAAUAUUCAAAAUGCCAGCUAAGUGAAUAGUGGAUGUGUAAGA